AUGGAAGAUGAUUACCAAACGCCGCGUUUUACGAUUGGUCGUCAGUCGUCGAUGGCGCCGGAGAAGAUCCCGGAGCCGUCGAUUCACUCGGAAGAGGAAGUGCUGGAGGACGGAGAGGAGAUCGACGGCGGUGUGAGGCUUAUGUAUCUGUGUAACGAAGGCGACGUCGAAGGGAUCAAGGAGCUUCUCGAUUCGGGGAUUGAUGCUAAUUACAGAGACAUUGAUGAUCGGACUGCUCUCCACGUGGCGGCUUGUCAGGGGUUGAAGGAUGUGGUCGAGAUUCUUCUCGAUCGGGGAGCUGAUGUCGAUCCUAAAGAUCGAUGGGGAAGCACGCCACUUGCAGAUGCGAUAUUCUACAAGAACGUUGAUGUAAUCAAGAUUCUUGAGACUCAUGGAGCUAAACAUCCUAUGGCUCCAAUGCAUGUGAAAACUCCUCGUGAGGUUCCGGAAUAUGAAAUCAAUCCUAGUGAGCUUGAUUUCACUCAAAGCAAAGAGAUAACAAAGGGAACUUACUGUAUGGCAAUGUGGCGUGGGAUUCAAGUCGCGGUGAAAAAGCUCGAUGAUAAAGUUUUAAGCGACGAGGAUCAAGUGAGGAAGUUCCAUGACGAGCUUGCGUUGCUCCAAAGGCUAAGGCAUCCAAACAUUGUUCAGUUUCUUGGUGCUGUAACUCAAAGCAAUCCUAUGAUGAUUGUUACUGAAUACUUGCCUAGGGGAGAUUUGCGUGAGUUGCUCAAAAGGAAAGUACAAUUAAAACCAGCUACUGCUGUUCGAUACGCCCUUGACAUUGCAAGGGGAAUGAGCUAUCUUCAUGAGAUCAAAGGAGACCCUAUCAUCCACCGCGAUCUUGAACCUUCAAACAUAUUGAGGGAUGAUACAGGACAUCUGAAAGUUGCGGACUUUGGAGUUAGCAAGCUUGUUACUGUUAAAGAAGACAAGCCUUUUACAUGUCUAGACACUUCUUGUAGAUAUAUUGCUCCUGAAGUUUUCACUAGCGAAGAAUAUGACACAAAAGCUGAUGUUUUCUCCUUUGCUUUGAUCGUUCAAGAGAUGAUCGAAGGACGAAUGCCAUUUGCUGAAAAGGAAGACAGUGAAGCUUCAGAAGCUUAUGCUAGCAAAGAGCGGCCAUUGUUCAAAGCUCCAUCAAAGCUUUACCCUCAUGGACUUAAAACGUUGAUAGAAGAAUGCUGGCAAGAUAAACCGGCCAAGCGACCUACUUUCAGAGAGAUCAUUAAACGGCUUGAGUCUAUUCUUCAUCAUAUGGGUCACAAGCGACAAUGGAGGAUGAGGCCAUUGACAUGCUUUCAGAAUUUCGAGCACAAGAAGAAACAUAAUUGGGAUAUGAGUAGUCAUGACGGCUCAUCAUCCGGUUCACAUUUGUGA